AUGGAAGAAGCUUUUCGUAUUAAUCAAAGAAAAAGUCGAAAAGCAAGAAAUGAUGUAGCUGUUCAAGGUACCAAUGACUCAAGUAUCUUAUCAAAAGUAUCAAUGGUUAAACUUGGGUAUUUUAAUGAUUUAUUUCUUCGAGAAUUUGUUGAUAAAGAUGUAAGACGUUCACCAUCAAUCAAUCGAGGUUAUUACAUUAGAAUGAAAGCAUUAGAAUAUGCUUUAAAUAUGUUUUAUACAGUUUAUGAUCAAAAAGAAGUACAGAUUGUUAAUUUAGGUGCUGGAUUUGAUGCAACUUGGUUUCGAUUAGAUGACGAACGAAAACAACGAACACAUUUUAUUGAUAUUGAUUUCCCUGAAGUCAUGCAACGUAAAUUAGCAUUAAUAGAAGUUCGUUCUCGUUUAAAUGAACAAUUCGAACCAAUUCAUACAUAUAGUUCAUUAGAAAAUUUCGCUGUAACAAAUGAAAAAUAUUCAUUAAUUGGUGUUGAUAUGCGAGAUCCUUUAACUCUAAAUACACUUUUACAAACAGUUAAAGUUGAUGAAACAAAACCAACUUUAUUAAUAAGUGAAGUUGUUUUAACAUAUAUGGGUCGAUCAAGUUGUAAUCGUGUUAUACAAUGGAUACUUGAUUUUUUUCAAGAAUGUAUUUUAUGUACUUAUGAACAAGUUUUACCAGAUGAUGGUUUUGGUCAAGUUAUGGUUGCACAUUUUGCUAAAUUAGGUUCACCAUUAAAGUGUAUUCAUCAAUAUCCAACAAGUGAAUCACAAGUUCAACGUUAUACUCAUUUAGGUUUUGAUGUUUCACUUUGUGUAAAUAUGCAUAAUUUUUAUCGAAAUUAUUUACCAAUUGAUGAACAUAAUCGUAUUGAUACAUUAGAACCUUUUGAUGAAAUUGAAGAAUGGCAAUCAAAAUGUGCUCAUUAUAUACUUUUAUUUGGUUUAAAAACACCAUCGAAUAUAUCAAAACAAUGGUUUGAACAAAUGAAUAAAGAUUUUAUAACAAUUAUUUAUGUAAAAAAAGAAAAUUUAAUUAAUAAUAAUAAUAAUAAUAAUCUAAAUGAUGAACAAAUUAAACCUAAUAUUCAAUUUGAAAGUUAUCCAACAACUAUGACUUAUGCACAACGCUUUGGACAUCAAUCAAUAUUAAUUAAUGAAAAAUAUGUUUGGACUAUUGGAGGUUUUGGAACUGUUGAUGGAAGACAUAGAAGAUUAAAAACUAUUGAAGUAUUAAAUAUUGAUAAUGGAGAAAUUCAAAGAUUAGAUAAUCACUUACUUGGUGAACACGUUUUUCAUACAUGUCAUCAAUCAGAUAAUUUAAUAUUCUCAUUUUUUGGUCGUAAAAGUCCUGGAACAUUAAAUUCAUAUACUUCAAUUGAUAUAAACACUCUUCAAGUUACAAAUUUCAAUGAGGAUGAAAAAAUACUUCGACGAUGGCGUCAUUGUUCUUGUUAUAUAAAAGAAACAAAUACAAUAAUUAUAUUUGGUGGUUGUAUAAAUAUAUCAAAAUCAACAAAUGAUAUACUUUGUUUACAAUCGAAUGGUCAACUCAUACAAUCUCAAUUUUCACAAACAAAACCAACAAAUCGACAUUCAGCUCGUUUAAAUGCUUAUAAACAUUUAGCUGUUCUUUCUGGUGGUUUAUUAGAAAAUGAUGAACCAACGAAUGAAAUUUGGUUAUUAGAUACAUCUAAAGAUAUUAUGAAUUGGACAUUAUUUCAAACAAAUGGAAUAAUUAUACCAAGAUAUUCACAUAGUGCAGAGAUUAUUGAUGAUACACUUUGGUUAUUAGGUGGAAUGAAUGCUAAUGAACGUAGACCACCAGGUUUAUGUAAAAUUAAUUUAAUAACUGGUGAAGCUAUCGAGUAUAUAAUACCGACAAUGUGUAAUGAACAACCGAUUAUACUUUAUAAUCAUCAAACAGUACUUUUGAAUAAAACAACAUUUCUUAUAUUAGGAGGCGGUGGAAAUUGUUUUUCUUUUGGUGCCCAUAUCAAUCAACCGAUGAUUCUUAAAUUUGAUCAUUUAGUAAACUGA